GGUUGGUGUGCGCCUUAGUGAGCAACUGGACGCAGCAGGAGACGGCAGUUUUACUUAUUUCACUGACUACUUCGAGUGCCUUUGUUUCAAGACGCAACCAUGCGUGAAUGUAUCUCAGUCCAUGUGGGCCAGGCCGGAGUCCAGAUGGGCAAUGCCUGCUGGGAGCUGUACUGCCUGGAGCACGGUAUCCAGCCUGAUGGUCAUAUCCCAGCAGAUAAGGUCAUCGGUCCACACGAUGAAGCAUUCAGUACCUUCUUCUUAGAGACAGGGGCUGGCAAGCACAUCCCAAGAGCGGUGUUCGUAGAUCUGGAGCCUACCGUCAUUGAUGAGGUUCGUACCGGCACCUACCGCCAGCUCUUCCAUCCUGAGCAGCUGAUCACAGGCAAGGAGGAUGCUGCCAACAACUACGCCAGGGGCCACUACACCGUCGGCAAAGAGCUUAUUGACACUGUGUUGGAUCGCAUUAGAAAAACGUCUGACCAGUGCACAGGUCUCCAGGGUUUCCUCAUCUUCCACAGCUUCGGUGGAGGCACCGGCUCUGGCUUCACUGCUCUACUCAUGGAGCGUCUCUCCGUCGACUACGGCAAGAAGUCCAAGCUGGAGUUCGCCAUCUAUCCGGCUCCCCAAGUGUCUACUGCCGUUGUGGAACCAUACAACUCUGUCCUGACCACCCACACCACCCUGGAGCACUCUGAUUGCGCUUUCAUGGUCGACAACGAGGCUAUCUAUGACAUCUGUCGUCGCAACCUCGACAUCGAGCGUCCGACCUACACCAACCUCAACCGUCUGAUUGGUCAGAUUGUGUCCUCCAUCACUGCUUCACUGCGCUUUGAUGGCGCCCUCAAUGUCGACUUGACCGAAUUCCAGACAAACUUGGUGCCCUACCCACGUAUCCACUUUCCCUUGGCCACCUACGCCCCUGUCAUCUCUGCUGAGAAGGCUUACCAUGAGCAGCUGACCGUUGCAGAGAUCACCAACGCCUGCUUCGAGCCGGCCAACCAGAUGGUGAAGUGCGAUCCGCGUCAUGGCAAGUACAUGGCCUGCUGUCUGCUCUACCGUGGUGAUGUCGUCCCUAAGGAUGUCAACGCUGCCAUAGCAACCAUCAAGACCAAGCGCACCAUCCAGUUCGUGGACUGGUGUCCAACUGGCUUCAAGGUAGGCAUCAACUACCAGCCACCCACCGUCGUGCCUGGCGGUGAUCUGGCCAAGGUGCAGCGUGCCGUCUGCAUGCUGAGCAACACUACGGCCAUCGCCGAGGCCUGGGCUCGUCUGGAUCACAAGUUUGAUCUGAUGUACGCCAAGCGUGCCUUCGUCCACUGGUACGUGGGAGAGGGUAUGGAGGAGGGUGAGUUCUCUGAGGCUCGUGAGGAUCUGGCUGCCUUGGAGAAGGAUUACGAGGAGGUCGGUGUCGACUCCGUGGACCAGGGGGAGCUAGAAGAGGUUGAAGAAUAUUGAACUUUCCACCUUUUCUCGAGAUCUCAUUCUCACAAAAAUGCCUUACCAAUGAAAGAGAUGCUCUUUUCUUGUUAAAUGUAUAAUGCGCCUUUUUGAACGUUUCUUGCUCACGUGCUUUAUGCUUCUACUAUUUAUUACAUCGCUGUUUCAUGCAUGAAUCUUUUAAAAGUUGUCUGUAUCUUUAUUAACAGAAUUUUGUAGCAGCUGGGUUUACAAUAUUACACAAUGUACAAGCGUCUAAUAAAAGGAGGCCACCUAAAAACGUCAUGAAAACCAGAAAGUCUAGUACGUGAAAAAGUCUUACGGCUUUUCCAUUAUUAUAUUCAAAUCAUGACAAUAAAUGUCAUGUCUUCUUGAAAAACAACAAGAUGGAUGCCUGUGAUCUCAGUCUGGUACCAGAAAAAGUCUCAUGGUUUUUCUUUAUAUUCAAAUCGUGACAACAAGUGUCAUUAUCUUUUGGGAACACGACAAGGUGGAUGCCUUUAUUUGAUGUACACUCGCGUGAAA